UCCCGCGGCGGCGGAGGAGGCAGCGGCGCCAUGGACAGCGCGGGCAAGGAGCGCGAGGCCGUGCAGCUGAUGGCCGAGGCCGAGAAGCGCGUGCGGGGCUCGCACUCGUUCCUGCGGGGGCUCUUCGGGGGGAACACACGUGUGGAGGAGGCCUGUGAGAUGUACACCAGGGCUGCCAACAUGUUCAAGAUCGCCAAGAACUGGAGCGCGGCAGGGAACGCCUUCUGCCAGGCAGCCAAGCUGCACAUGCAGCUGCAGAGCAAGCACGACUCAGCCACCAGCUUCGUGGACGCCGGGAACGCCUACAAGAAGGCUGAUCCACAGGAGGCCAUCAACUGCUUAAAUGCAGCUAUUGAUAUCUACACCGACAUGGGGCGCUUCACCAUCGCGGCCAAGCACCACAUCACCAUCGCUGAGAUCUAUGAGGCUGAGCUGGUGGAUAUCGAGAAGGCCAUUGCACACUAUGAGCAGGCUGCUGACUACUACAAGGGAGAGGAGUCCAACAGCUCGGCCAACAAGUGUCUGCUGAAGGUGGCUGCCUAUGCUGCACAGCUGGAGCAGUACCAGAAGGCCAUCGAGAUCUACGAGCAGGUGGGGACCAACACGAUGGACAACCCUCUGCUCAAGUACAGCGCCAAGGAGUACUUCUUCAAGGCUGCCCUGUGCCACUUCAUCGUGGAUGAGCUCAAUGCCAAGCUCGCGCUUGAGAAGUACGAGGAGAUGUUCCCAGCGUUCACGGACUCCCGGGAAUGCAAGCUCUUGAAAAAACUGCUGGAAGCCCAUGAGGAGCAGAACAGUGAGGCCUACACCGAGGCGGUGAAGGAGUUUGAUUCCAUCUCACGCCUGGACCAGUGGCUCACGACCAUGCUGCUGCGCAUCAAGAAGUCCAUCCAGGGGGAAGGGGACGGGGACCUCAAGUGAAGCAGCUCCCAUCCCACCACUGCUCCGGUGCCACCACCUCUGGCUUCGUUCCGUGUCUCACCCCGCGUGUCCCCUGCUCAGUGCCCUCGAGUCCAGCGUGUACAUACCUCGUGCAGCUCAGUACAAGGCCUGGCUUCUGCUCUGCUCUGGUGUCUGUGCCGAGGGGACCCUCCCUGAGCUGCACUGGGAGCUCAGGGGCUUUUUAAACUGAGCUUUUAUAAGCGUGCUCCAGUAGAAAGGCUUCGUGGCUCCCCCAUCCCAUGUGCACGUGUGGCUUCCAUCCCAUAGAUACACGUGUGCUGGAGGCAGGACACGCUGCAGGCAGGGCAGCUGGGGAGCAGCCCCACUGUACGCUGUGUUUGGGGUCUAAGAUGCAACAUUGAGGUUCUAGAUGUCCUUGGAUCUAGUUUUCCACUUUAUUUCAUGGCACAGCCCAUCCUCCCAUCCGCAAUCCCAAUGAUCCAUCACCUCCUCCUGCUGUGGCUGCUGCAGGUUGUAUGGACACGGGAAGCCUCCAGCCUCUCCCCCAUUGGUGAUGCUGCCUCCUCCUUGCCACCCCUGAGGUUUGAUGGUACACGGAGACCUUGGCUGAGUUCUCUGGUUGGCUGCAGUGAAGGCAUUUUCAGAUGUGCCCCCAAUAGGCAAAGAGCCCAUCAGGAGCUGCUUUCUUUGGCCCAACUGCUCUUGGAGUGGGUCCUCCUGUGGGGCUGGUGCUGUAGUGCCAGUGCUGCUGCCUGGGGUUGGCUCUGCCCUCCAUCCCCUCCCUGAAGCAAUGGGCUCUGGCACCAGUGUGCUCCUGGUCAGUUCAUUUUCACCUGGCUGUUGAUGAGGAGACACAGCCUGGUGCACUGGGCUGAAGGGUUUAGUCCUGUUCAAGCUGGACUUUAUCCCUGCCAUAGGCUUAAGCAGAGGCAAACCCAAAGCUGCUGCGCUCACCUGGGGUAACAGGAUGGGUUGGAACCAUUUUUAUCUCAUUCCCUUGCUUUUCCUGCCUUUUUGGGGUCACUUUCCUGGUAUCAGGCACAUGGUGAUGGCUGUGUCCUGCCGGAGCUUGGUGAGGGAAGCGCAGGCAGGAGGGUUAUUACAUUCCCACAUUCCCUAUGUCACAGAGAUCCGAGGCUUUCCCACCUUCCUGUGUUCCCUUUCCCAUUGUCAGUAUUCUGCACGGCUGGGCUGAGCUGUGUCUGACCAGAACCCAGGCUCGUGGGGCCCGUUACGAGUGACAGCAUUAAACAACAACCAUUAGUUCAGUUCCGUGUGAGUAGGCUACAGCAUGUCCGUCCUCCGGUGUACCCGUGGUGAAUUGUGACACUGUAAAUGACAAUCUGCCACUGCUGUAUCCCCUCUGUCCCAUGACAAUGUGUGACUGAGCUGGCCUUAGGAAUAUACUGGUCUGUGUGAAUCUGUACAUGAAUAAAGUGAAAACCAUGGAUGUAA